AUGCCUGACGCUGAAUAUGACUCAUCUCCCGACGUCGAACCAACCCAAACGCAAUUUGAUCCCGAUGGCGAAGGAGACUUGUGGGAAGUCGAGAAGAUCUUGGCGGAGAAGGGGAAUAAGUAUCUAGUGAAGUGGGCCGGUACAGACAAUACAGGAAAGCCAUGGCCGAACAGCUGGGUCUUCAAGAAGGAUACCACGGACGAUCUUAUUCAAGACUGGAAACGCAAGAAGGAGGAGAAUAAGAGGAAAAAGACUGUCGCAACCAAAAAACGAGGUUCGUCAACAUCGUCGAAGACAACCAAACGCGCCGCGAGUACAUCUACUACAUCUACGACGCGUCGAACGCGUCAAUCCGUUGUAGGUGCAUCGACCUCGCCCCUGAAACCGCGUCCACUGGCCAAGGUGCCCAGCUCUCGCGCCAGCCCCGCGAGUGUGCGCGAUGAGUCGCCGUCUCCACACAAACGUCGAAGGAACACGAGCGGUAGUCUGGGCGCCGGUUUGGAGUCACCAGAAGCCGAGCUAUCCCGCCCGCGCAAGAAGCGGAAGCUGGAAAUUGAGGUUAUGCAACCACCUCCCCGGUAUUCAUCAGAGGAUGAAGAAGAGGCGGGGACAGUGUCAGAAGAGGACGAGGACGAUGAGGAUGACGAAUCUACGGGGCGCGUCGUACCUAUCACGAAGGUUGGUCCGCCACGGAAUGUGAAGCGACGUCGGAAGACGCAGGCCACCGUGCACACUUCCCCUCCUCCAGACCGUUAUCCUCCCGAUCUUCCUGUUCGCCGCAAGCCGUCACCUCCGGCCAAACGAUACCACGCACCCAACUCUCAGUCUCAUCGCAAUGGCGAGCCGUCGUCAUCGCGUCUGCCGAAUGGUACGAAGAAGCCUGCAAACGCACCCUCCAAGGCCAGUUCUUCUCGAGCAGCUGCCGAAUCAAUGAAUGCUGCUGGCCCUAGACCGUCGCAUCUCUCUCUUCAGACGAGACAGUUGCUCAUGCAGGAAGAUGAGGAGAACACGCAAGAAGCUCUCGGCAUCAUCCACCCUGUCGUACAGCAGAAUUUUUCCCAGUCUCCUCGGGUGAGCCCUCCUCGUCAAAGAGCGUAUUCAGCAGAGCCGGAGCCAGAACCAGACGGCGAACCUCGACCUAUACGCUCCAACACUGUACAGGGGCACGGUCGACCAACCGCAAACGAUACGUUCAGUCGACUAGGUAUCGUCCCGGAGACGCAGGCCAUGGAGGCUCAGGAUACUCUUGACGAACCUCCCUAUGACCCCACUCAACAUGACCUUACUUCCGAGUUGAGCGUUCUCCGUACACCGCCCCGACGUUUGGAGGGACCACUCAGUCAUCCUGGAAGCGUUCCGUCGGUCGUCUCCAAAAUGAAGAGCAAACGCAAGGGCAAGUCGAAGGAGCUCCAUCCGAUCCCGCGGCUCUCUCCUUCAGAUUUCCGCCCUUACCUACCACAGGAGGAAGAAGACAUUGAGCAGUUCAGCUCUCCGGAGAAGGACGCACGCAGGACUCAACAUGCUGCGCAGCCGCUGACGCAGGAUACGAUCGAGGAAGACUUUAGUCAAGACAUCGACAACUUCAUGGACUGGGAGGGUGGUGCGCAACCUCACGAAGAUCCCUCUGCUUCUCUGCACGAGAAUGGCCCGGAGCUUUCAUUAGGCCCGGAGCUGACGCCACCUGACGCUGGAAGCGGUCCGCGGAAAGCCAUGGAACAGUUGUUGUCCAAGGAGAAGCUAGGCAGGAAUGCUCCGAUCUCUCCUGAGGUCUCAGCUCUGCAGGAGCUGCGGCCUACCAGCACAACACAACAAGCUGAGGCCGACAGCAUGUCGCAGCAACCGUCUAUGCGUAGCAGCCAGAUAGCGGAGCUCAACGCGAUUCUUGAGGAGAAGGACGAGAAGCUGACUCAGCUUGAGGGGCAGAUCGAGGAGCUCCAGGCUCGCAUCUCGGAACUGGAGAACGAGAAUGCCGCGGGCCGCACGAGCUUCGAGACAGAGCUGGAAGUGCUUCGAGCCGAGUCUGGCGAGAAGUCGGAGCAGAUAAGUUUGGUCGAGAGUCAGCUGGUCGAACUGCAAUUGCAGAUGACGCAGCUGACCGCGGACAACAAGAAUCAACGCGCCCAGCAUGAAGUCCAGAUCCGGGAGCUGACCGAAUCCCUCGAGGAGCGCAAUGAGCAAGUGGCACAGCUUGAAGGAGCGCUCGUUGAGCUGCAAGAAGAGGUGGAAGCGAUCGGGGCGGAGAAGGAGAAGUUGGAAGCAGCGCAGGAGUCGACCACUCGCGAAAGCGACGCCAAUCGCGAGGACGAACUCGCCGCUCUUCAGCAGGGUCUUGCUAUCCUGCAAGAAGAACUUGCUAGCGCGCGGCAGCGGCAUAACGAGACGGUCGCUGCGCUCUCCGAUCGCCUCCAGCAAACCAUACAGGAGUGCGAGCGUCGCGUCAAGAGGGCAGAAGACGAUCGUGAUCUAUUCAAGAAGCUGUACGACGAAGCGUCUACGCAUGCGCAGCGCCUCGCGAAGGAGAACAUCGAGCUCGAGGAAGGCAGGCAACGUGCGGAGGACCGUGCUCAGGCUGGGGUAGCGAUGGUCAGGGCGACGUUCAGCGAGCAGGCGAAGGCGUUGCAGUCCGAGAUCGAGCAGCUCAGGGUGCUCAACAAGAUCCUCACGGACAAGGACGAGCGGACGAACGACGAGGUGCGGGCACGUGCCGCACGAGAGCCGGAGUUGCAGGAAGAGAACGUGAAGCUGAGGGGGGAGUUUCAGGACAUGAAGAGGGAGAUGCAGAAGAUGUCGGCGAUCAUUGCGCAGAUGUCGAGCAUCGAAGCCCGGGAGGACAGGCGAGGGGGUGACGAGACUGAUGAGGACGAGGAUUACGUCCCUGAUUCUGACGGAGAAGGGAGCACUACGAGCUCGGGCUCGGAGUCAGGCUCGAGCAGUAGUGAUAGCCAUGGCAGAGCACUGUCUGUCCGAGUCCGCGAGUCUUUGAGCUAUGCUCCCUCCCCUGGUGGAGAGCUGUUAUCCAUUUGCCAGUAUGUGACUGGCGAAGUCAUGUGUAAUCAAACCUUCGCCACCUUCCAGGAGUGCAUCAACCAUGCCAACGACGUUCACUACCCCGAUGUAGAGAUGCUGGAUCUAUGA